AUCGCUGCCCUCAUCAACCCACAAGGAUUUAUAGUAAUGGACAACAGCCGUGCCUCACAACAGAGUAUGUGGAAAAAUAUCCCAAGUAUAGCAACAUCCCUCCUCCCCAGAGCCUUAAGCCGAAACAAGAGUACCAAGCGCAUCGUGGGAAAAUGGAAGGAAUCACAACAUUUAAAUCUGAUUAUUUACCAUAUGAUAUUGUGAAGCGACCUUUUCGGGUACCAGAACAACAUAAACCAAAGACCGGAGAGAGAGAACUGGGAACUACAUACCAGAAAGAUUAUAAUGCUCAUAAAAUACAGCCAGUGAUAUUAGUAAGACCUUUAGAGAGAAAACACACUACAGGAGGAAAAUUGGAUACCAUACCAACUUAUCAAGAUGAUUAUAGGUUAUGGGAAGUUCAAAGAAGGGAACCUAAUAAGGUGGACCACACAUACAACCCACCUACAGAGAAGUUUGGAAAUUCUACUACUUUUCAGGAUGACUUUGUUCCUAGGGAACUGAAUCCCAGAAGAAGUUUUAAACCUCCUUGUAUGACCAAGCUUUCAGAUGUACCUUUUGAUGGUACUACUAGUCAUCGCACUUCUUACAUUGCUCAUCAAUUGGAACCAAAAUUUAUAAGAUUGAAAGAAGAAUACAAACCAAGCAACCAACCGUUUGAAGAUCUCACAACCCACCGGAAUGAUUUUAAAGGGCUACCUGGGCAACUUGCAAAAAGCUGCAGGCCUGAAAAUACUAAAGUUGGGUCCAAAGCUCAUUUUAAUGGGCUCACUGAAUUCCAGGAUCGUUUUCAGCCAUGGUCAGUCUCCUUGCCUGAGGUCCGCAAAACAAAAGAAUACAUUCCACCCCUAGGUAGCAUGGAUUUUAACUCCACAAGCCAUCUUGACUAUGUUAAACAUGAGCUUUCUCCUGCUGUCCCCAUAAGACCAGUUUCUAGUGGAAGAAGAACCAAUGCCCCUUUCCAAGGGAAUUCUACCAUGAAAGAAGACUUUCAAGCUUGGGACAGCUGUCGGCAAGAAAUUAUUAAAAAGUAUCAGGAAAUUCCAAAACCCACAGGUAAAUUUGAUGAUUUAACUACAUUCAAAUCUCAUUACAUACCACAUCAGAUAAUUCCAGCUCAAAGUUUCAAACCUCUACGUGUUGUACUUCCUAAUUCAGCUCGCUUCGAAGAUGAAACUAUGUAUCGCACAGAAUAUACUCCAAAGAAACAAGAGAGCUGCCCAGCAAAUUAUCCAUCUCCUCCAGGAUAUGUUUAUGUAGACACAGAUUCUCAUGGUCACAAAUUCUUCCACCAGCUUACUCCAGAAUAUUCUGACUCAAAUGGUAAUCCUAUUCCAAAGGAAGUAGCUGUUGUGUCAUAAUAUUUAAAGUAUCAUUUCAAGCAGCCUUGCAAAACAAUUGGAAUCCUACUAGUUCAGUUAUCCUUUGAUAAAACGGAAAGCCAAUCAAAUAAUGCGUAUUUUGAUUUAAAAAUACUAAAACUAAUAGCUUAAUGAAAAAUCAAAACAGAAACAAUAAGAUAAGUUUAUUACAAAACUAAUAAAGAUUAGCCAAUUUUUUUUUUUUUUU